AUGCCGGCAAUCGUCCUCUUUGGAGACUCGCUCUUCCAAUUAUCCUCUACGCCUCAAGAUGGCUUCUCCUUCCAAGCCGCCCUUCAGGACCACUGCAUGAGACGUCUCGACGUCAUCAACAGAGGCUUCUCGGGCUAUAACACGACCAACGCUCUAGGAGUCCUCCCAGACCUCUUCCCACCACCCUCAGCAACGACGCCCAAGAUAGACUACAUCUUAAUCCUCCUCGGCGCCAACGACGCCUGCCUCCCAAUCCCUACAAACAGCCAACAAGUGCCCCUAGAACAAUACAAGCAAAACCUCAAAGCCAUCCUCACCCACCCCACCAUACGCGCCCACAACCCCAAGAUCCUGCUCGUGAGCCCCCCUCCCCUCGACGAGAUCCGCAUGCUCGAACGCGAUCUCGAAAAGGGCCACGGACAGGCGUCUCGCAGCGCGGCCGUCAGCAAGACGUACUCGGACGCGGCGCUCAGCGUGGCAUCCGAGGUUCCGGGUGUCGUGCCGAUCAAUCUCCACGAGGCCGUCAUGCGGCGGGCCGAGUCCAUGACGAUUGGGUUUAGUCGGAGUAGGCUUCCGCUCGGGCAUCCCGCGGGUGAGAGGGGCGGGUUGGAGGUGUUGAUCCCGGAUGGGCUGCAUUUGGGGGGUGAAGGGUACAGAGUGCUGUUUGAGUUGGUGAAGCCUUACAUUGGGCCGUUUGAUCAGUCGAGAGAGGAUUACCGGUAUCCGGCUUGGACCAUCCUGAACCCUGGUAGUCUGGGUUGA